AUCGCGGCUAGGCCUGGCCACCCCGCAGUUCGCCUAACUCGGACAGGAAAGGGCAGUGCAGUGCGCCGUCGUGCCGGGCUCCUGCAGGACGGGCCGCCUGGUGCGCCCUGCGCCCCCGUGCCCGGGCACCUGCUGCACGCGCGGCCCCGCCGCAGCCCACGAGGUCCUCGCCAGCCAGGACGUCCGCGGGGCGAGCCGCUGGGAGAGCUGCCUCGACUGGACUGGACCGCGCAGAAGGCAGAGCCGCCAUGCCCAAGCUGGCGGUCGGCGGACAUGGCUGAUGACGAGGAUGGAGACGACGUGGACCUGCGGCCGCCUCGCGCCGAGAGGGCGUCCCGGUGGUCCCGGUGCAGCGGGCCGCUGCCUCCUCCGCGCCAAGCCGUGGCUCAUGCGUGCGGGAUUGGUGCCUAUUAGGCCUGAUAUGGAUUAGGGCCUGUGAACGACCGGGAGCGGGGCGCAGCGACGUGAGCGAUGUGGUGACGAAGUAACCGCGUGACGCAGUCGUGCCCGCCGCCCGCGUGUGGUGCGUAACGGGCGUGACACGAGUGCAUCGGCCAAGCCCUGGGCGGGAGCGUGACAACGAGACGAAGAGCGUGAUCUGGUCGUGACGACGGGUUGCGUCAGCGACGUCAACGGUGUCAGCAGACGGCGCCAUUUCAUGAGACAAGUGCAGCGGCUGCGGGCGCGCGCGGGCCUACAACACCACAGCGGUGUCACACUACAGAUUUAUCAGCCCGUUCUUCCCUCGUCCUCCUGGCGCGGAGGGCGCCUCCUCGUGAGAAGUAAGUCCCCCCCUGGUCUCUGCCCAGAGCGUCCUCGGCGCCAAGCUCCGUCGUGCGUCCUCGGCGGCCCGCAGACCCGGCGGCGCGCCGCUCCCCAGUGAGUGUUCCAUAAGGACGGCGACUGCAUCCUGCUCGAGGACGACGACGAGGAUGAGAAGGAGGAGCCUCGCAGAGCAGGGUCGAGCCGCCCGCGCCCGGAGCCAUGAUGGCUGAGGAUGGCGCGCCGCGCCACGCCAGCACGCUGUCCUCCCUCAACAUAGUCCACGAGCACAACAAGCUGAACGCCCGCACCGCCCGCACGCGCGUGCACGAGUUCCCCUUGCGGAAGCAAGGGGCAGUGAUCUCCCUCUCAAGUAGCCGGGAACGGGAUGUCGUCUCCGGAGACACGACGGUCGACGGGGAGUCGCGCAGAGAGCCCCACGAGCGAGCCAGGAAGGUGCGCAAGAUCAGCAGCUUGUCCGUGCCAGAGGGGAAGGACGCCAAGGACGCCCUGGUGCUGCUGCACAACGGGAACCACGGCGAUGGAAACUGCUACCUGGCCGAGGACUGCGCCGAAGAGGAUGACGACGACGAGGAGGACGUGGAGGACGGCGACGAGGACACGGACGUUGUCGUCGUGGAAGGCGUGGAUGAGACGGCAGGACGCCGCGUCCCCGACGGCGGCUGGGGAUGGGCCGUCGUUGCCGCCGCCUUCUUUAUCAACAUGGCCAGCGACGGCAUCUCCUUCUCCUUCGGACUGCUCUACAUCGAGUUCCUGCGGUACUUUGGCCAGAGCCGCAGUGACACGGCGUGGAUCGGCAGCCUGUUCAUGGCCGUUCCGAUGCUCACCGGACCGGUGGCCAGCGCCAUGGUGGACAGGUACGGCUGCCGCGCGAUGACGAUCGUCGGGGGCGUGAUCUCGGCCAUCGGCUUCGUGAUCGCGUCCUCGGCGUCCACCAUCGGCCAGAUGUACCUGACCUUCGGCGUCCUGGCGGGCCUGGGCCUGGGCCUCUGCUUCAUCACCGCCGUUGUCAGCAUCGCCUUCUGGUUCGAGCGGAAGCGCACGCUCGCCAUGAGUCUGGGCGCGGCGGGGACGGGCUUCGGCACCUUCAUCUACGCCCCCAUGACCAACUACUGCAUCUCGGAGUACGGCUGGCGCGGCACGGUGCUCCUGCUCGCCGGCACCUUCCUCAACCUGUGCCUGUGCGGGGUGAUCAUGAGGGACCCCUCCUGGUGGCUGGCCGAGCAGGCUGCCCACGGCGGCCGGCGGCGGGGCGCGCUGGGUCGCGGCGGGUCCGCCCAGGACGGCUCCAGGUCGGUCGUGCACGACGGGGCGUCGGAGGCCAGCGAGCUGCUGCCCCUGGCGCCGCUGCCGCCAUUACCGCCGCUGCCACCACUGGCCGUGCCGCUGUCGCGCGUCGCCAAGAGCCUGCCCUACACGCGGCCCAUGACCAUGGCCACGCGGUCCGAGGACAACCUGGCGAGCAUGAGCGCCUGUCUGCCACGCCACGCCGUCAGCGCCCCGUCCACGCCCAGCACCCCCAUCAGCCCGAGCGGGCUGGGCAUGCCGCCGGCCCCGCUGCUGGCCUUCAACACCAUACCCGAGCUGGAGGUCCCGGAGUACGGCCUCGACGACGACGUGACGGGCCAUGUGUGCAGCACGCCGCUGCUACCCGGGCCGGCCGCCGUGCGCCCCUCGCACCUGCCCCUGGUGCCGGGCGGCUCGGUGGCGGGCGCCGUGGCGGGCGUGGUGGCCGGCGCCGUGCACAUGCCGGGACACGUGCACGGCCACGUCCACGGCCACGUGCGCCGCUGCAACUCGUCCAGCCCGUUCGGCAGCAGCCCGCUGCGCGCCGAGAGCCUGCCCUGCUUCAGGCGGAGGGUGAGCCUCAGCACGACGCCCGGCACGCCGCUGUACCCGGCGCCGGCGGCCUCGUUCGCGCUGCACCGGCGCAGGAAGUCUUCCUUCGUGCCCGGCCGCUCCUCGUGGCAGUCGUGCUGCCCGCCGCUGUUCGGCGGCAGCGGGGAAAAGGACAGCCAGGAGCGGCGCUGGUACUCGACCACGGUGGAGCUGGUCCGCGCCAUGAUGGACUUCUCCCUCUUCCUGGAGCUGCACUUCCUGCUCAUGUCCGUGGGCACGACGCUGCUCUACACGUGGUUCGUCGUGCCCUACUUCUACCUCGCCGACCACCUCAUCGAGAACGGCUACACCCAGGCGGACGCGUCCCACAUGCUCGGCGUCGUGGGAUACGCCAACACCUUCGGCAUGCUGGUGCUGGGGUGCGUCGGGGACCACCCGCGCCUCAACGUGACCAAGACGUACGCGCUGUGCCUGGCGGUCUGCGGCACCGCCACGGCUGGCAUGCUCGUGUUCACGGACCGCUACUGGCUGCUGAUGCUGUCCUGCGCCGCGUUCGGCGUCACCUUCGGCUCCACCUUCUCGUUCACGCCCACCAUCCUGGUCACGCUGGUGCCCAUGGAGCGCUUCACGAUCGCCUACGGCCUCAACCUGCUGUGCCAAGGCAUCGGUAACCUGCUCGGACCGCCCUUCGCAGGGUGGCUGUUCGACCUGACGGACUCCUGGGACUGGUCCUUCUAUAUGGCGGGCCUGUGGAUCGUGGUGGCCGGCCUGCUGACGGGCCUCAUCUCGUACACCAAGAACAGGACCCUCUUCAGCUCGCUGGCCACGGAGGUCGCCAGGGAGGCCACCAAGGCGGGCGGUGACGCGCACCCACCCCAGGACGCGAACGCUGACGGCGGCGACGAUUUCGACACCGCGCCCUGCAUGAAGGCCGCCGCCGCGGAGUCCGCGGUCACGGUGGUACCCAUCGCGACAACCAAAGACGGAGUCCAACGGUGACCAGGCUGUCUCAGGACUGCUCGACACCACAUCAUAAUCAUCACCGACCUCACACCUUAUCCGAAGUGCGCCGUGAGUGAACUGGAAAAUUUGUGUACACCACAACGUCACAGACUCCGAAGGGACAAAAGAGGCCUGCUAAGGGUUUUCAGGUUUCAACUGCUCUAUUGUGUGUCGUUGCCUUACUAUGUAUAUUUUCUUAAAAUGUUGCCAGUUAGUAUCUGUGUGUGGCGCUCGUCCGCAUUUCGUACCGUAUUUUGGUAUGGCAAUGUCUAUGAUACUCCAACCCCAACAUCUUUUCUGGCGUACGAGAUGUUGACAGUAAUAGAUGCGGUGAUAACGAUUAGAAAAUAAUUUAAUUA